AUGUCUGCUCCAGAGAAACGUUACCGUUCAGGAGCUGAUAUAGUACUGAUUAUACACAAAGUCUCUCAGUCAGAUGCUGGAAGAUACUACUGUGAUGGAUCUACAGUGGAGCUGAUCGUGAAUGGAAACUGUCCAGUGAUAUACUCUAUAACCUCAACCAGUUUACCCACUUCCACCACUAGAACAACACCUGCAGAGAGAACUGAAACCUCAACCACCACAACAGUGGAGCGCUCAGCUAAAGGUCCAGUGAUAUACUCUACAACCUCAACCAGUUUACCCACUUCCACCACUAGAACAACACCUGCAGAGAGAACUGAAACCUCAACCACCACAACAGUGGAGCGCUCAGCUAAAGAGUUCUGGAUGGUGUUCGUAGCUGUGGGCAGUGUUCUUCUGCUGUUAGCGUUAGCAUCUCUUCUCUCAACAAAGUGUUUCCCAAAGAAGAACGCAGAAGAGGAUGAUGUACCGUCUGGAGAUGUCUACACCACGACUGAAUAUGUCAAUAUUAUAAAAUCCUAAUCAAGUAGAUAACGGAUUUUAAGGAGAUACACUGGAAGCACUGGGCUCAUUUAAACACCUCCUUAUACCUGUGUUUUACUCUCUUUUUUAACUGUUUUAACUGUUUUAACUUAACAAAAAAGAUGCAGAGCUUUCAGACCUCAAAUAAUGCAAAGAAAACAACAAGUUCAUCUUCAUAAAGUUUUAAGAGUUCAGAAAUAAUCAAUAUUUGGUGGAAUAACCCUGGUUGGUUUUUAAUCACAGUUUUUUUCAUGCAUCUUGGCAUCAUGUUCUCCUCCACCAGUCUUACACACUGCUUUUGGAUAACUGUAUGCUGCUUGUCAUCAUCCAUCUUCCUCUUGAUUAUAUUCCAGAGGUUUUUAAAUUGAUAAAAACAAAAAAACUCAACAUUAUUUUUUUCCAGUGCUGUAUGUGCUAUAACUUAUAAUUAUUUACUGCAUAUGAACAUACUGCAUAUGUAUAUAUCUGUCAAUAAAA